CUAGGAUCGGGAGGGGCCACGCCAAGUGUGGCGGUUGGGAACCGGGCGGGGCACAGCGCGCCUGACAGACACGGGCGGCGGUUGUGCUUCUUCUGGCGGCUGCGUUGCUUGACGGAAUGGCGACUGCUUUCCCAAUGGGCCCGGGCUCUCGGUCCUCGGGCGGCCGCGACGCCCGCACCACCGGCGGCUGCUCCGUGCACUGGUUCCGCCGCGGCUUGCGGCUCCACGACAACCCCGCGCUGCAGGCGGCCAUCCGAGAGGGCGGCCCCGUGCGCUGCAUCUACAUCUUGGACCCCUGGUUCGCGGCCUCCUCGGCUGUGGGCAUCAACCGCUGGCGGUUUUUACUCCAGUCCCUGGAAGAUUUGGAUAACAGUUUACGAAAACUCAACUCUCGCUUGUUUGUAGUAAGAGGGCAGCCUACUGAUGUUUUCCCAAGACUCUUUAAGGAAUGGGGAGUGACACGUCUUACCUUUGAAUAUGACUCUGAGCCCUUUGGAAAAGAGAGAGAUGCAGCUAUAGUGAAGCUGGCUAAAGAAGCUGGAGUAUCAGUGAUAAUGGAGAACUCGCAUACCCUUUAUGAUCUGGACAGGAUAAUUGAAUUGAAUGGGCAUAAACCUCCUCUGACGUACAAGCGUUUCCAAGCCAUCAUUAGUCGCAUGGACCUGCCCAAGAAGCCAGUUGCCACAGUUACAAAUCAACAGAUGGAGAUAUGCAGGACUGAGAUCCAAGAAAAUCAUGAUGAAACUUAUGGCGUUCCAUCCCUGGAGGAGCUGGGCUUCCCCACUGAGGGUCUUGCUCCAGCUGUUUGGCAAGGAGGAGAGACUGAAGCAUUAACUCGUCUGGAUAAGCACCUGGAAAGAAAGGCAUGGGUUGCGAAUUACGAGAGGCCAAGGAUGAACGCCAAUUCACUGUUGGCCAGCCCCACAGGGCUCAGCCCCUACCUUCGGUUUGGGUGCUUGUCUUGCCGCUUAUUCUACUACCGGCUCUGGGAACUAUACAGAAAGGUAAAGCGGAAUAGCACUCCACCAUUGUCGUUAUAUGGCCAGUUACUCUGGAGAGAAUUUUUUUAUACAGCUGCCACAAACAAUCCCCAAUUUGACCGUAUGGAGGGGAACCCAAUUUGUAUUCAGAUCCCAUGGGACAGGAAUCCUGAAGCCUUGGCAAAGUGGGCAGAAGGCAAGACAGGCUUCCCCUGGAUUGAUGCUAUCAUGACGCAAUUGAGACAGGAGGGUUGGAUUCAUCACCUGGCCCGGCAUGCUGUAGCCUGCUUUCUGACCAGAGGAGACCUUUGGAUCAGCUGGGAGUCAGGCGUAAGGGUGUUUGAUGAGCUGCUGCUAGAUGCAGAUUUCAGUGUGAAUUCGGGCAGCUGGAUGUGGCUUUCGUGCAGUGCUUUUUUCCAACAGUUCUUCCACUGCUACUGCCCUGUUGGCUUUGGACGUCGAACAGAUCCCAGUGGUGACUUCAUCAGGCGAUAUCUUCCCAAGUUGAAAGGUUUUCCCUCGCGCUACAUCUAUGAGCCAUGGAAUGCUCCUGAGUCAGUGCAGAAGGCAGCAAAAUGUAUCAUUGGGGUAGACUAUCCCAAACCCAUGGUGAACCAUGCAGAGGCCAGCCGAAUGAACAUAGAGCGCAUGAAACAGAUCUACCAGCAGCUCUCACGCUACAGAGGCCUUUGUUUAUUGGCCUCUGUCCCUUCCAGCAUGGAAGACCUCAGUGCCCCCGUCACAGACCCUUCUGCAAGCCAAGGUAGCUGCACAAUGCCAAGGCAGUCACACUAUGGCCAGACAUCUCCAAAACGGAAGCUUAAUGUUGUAGAAGAACACAAUGAAGAGCUGUACAAACGGGCCAAGGUGAUGCCCGCGCAAAUGCCAAAGAACCUACGACAAGAAAUUGUACAUCCUGAAAUGAGAAACUGACAAGGCAAAAGUCAGGUUCUGGAAUAGGCACUUCAGUAGCAGAGAAGGAUUUUUGCCAGAAGGAUCAGAACGUUGACCAACGUUGACCUGUGCAGGAUGCAGUGAGCAAGCUUCAUCAAUAACCAAAAGCCCUGGAGAACAAAUCUCUGGCUUUCCUGAGAUACAGUUGGAGACUGCUAAGAAACGACAUUGAAUAAGACUUGCUCAUUCCUAAAUAUAUACCUGUUACUUCAGGUGGGAUCCAUUUGUUGCUCAAUUUAGAGCACCCCUUAGUGUUCACUCAUCACUUACUAGCAGGUUACCGAGGUGAACCAUGCAAAAUAUUUAAUGGUGCUUACCAUAGUUCCAGGAGCUGCAUCUAUUAAACACUCCAAAUACUGUCUCUGCUAUUCAAACUAGAGUAACACCGUGCACCCAGGUGUGCACACCAACAAAAAUACGUAGACUGCCAAAAUGGUGGCAUGUAUUGAUACAAAAGAGAACAGUGCAGUAACAGCAAUGACCAGUUUGACUUAGGACAGCAAUAGGAAGUAAGAUGGAUGGCCAGAAUGGCAAUAACUAUUCAGUUAGGUGUGAAAAUCCACUAUGGCUCUCCCAACACAUAGUUGUUCAUGUUUGCAUUCAUUGAUGCUGAAAAGAGGUAUCUUAGACUGGAAUACAGUUCUGCAAGAGUGCAGAAUAUAAUACUGGCCACAGAACUUUGCUUCGAUUAAAAAAUGCUGAUUUCAGUUUUUACAAAAGCAAGUUUCUAGUCCUUAUGGUUGCAAAGACAUGCUUGGAGCGUGUGCAUAUUGUUCCUGCUGACCUCUCAGAAGCUUGAUGAACUGCUGAGUGAGAUUUCCUGUGGUCAGAAGGUAUAGCUUCUUGCCUCUCUCCACAAUUAGCAGAAGUGGAGUAAAUCAGGCAAAAUAAAAGACCAAAUGUACUUCAUUUGCAUAAUUUACACAGUUCAGAAAGCUGAGUUUCUCAGCAAAAUCAGAUUACUAUAGCAUAUUUUUAAAAAAAUACUAUAACAGUCCUGCUUGUGUGAACUUGCUUUUUUGAGUACCUCAGAAGCCGUGCCAGUUUUGAAUGAGUUUUCUGACAUUCCCGAAAACUCAUUCAGUUUCUCCUUUUACUGCAAUCAGUUCAUGGAAUGGAUUGAAUCAUGUCUAUUGUGACUUAUGUGGAGUUAAUGUGGCACUGGGAGUAAGAGAGACGGAAAAUACCUCUUUUGUGUGGAUUUUCCUAGCAAUCUCCUUCCAAUGUAGUUGGUCCCUUUUCCCCCAGCUGUAGGUUGCAGUGCAUUUGCAUCACUUUUGUUGAAGUACUCCUCAAGUCCUGCACUGCAUGCAUUGCCUUCACCUUAUGGAGUACUUGGAAUUCUAGCCAGAUAACAUCAUAGCGCCUUCAGAUUAUUGAUCAUGCUUUCUUGAUUUGUUUUCAGUGUAACCUUGGCAGGGUUUAUUCUGCCCCACCCCCCAGUCCAGUCUCAGAUCAGUGGGAAAUACUGAGUUUGUGAUCUUGAGAAGAGAUUGUUUUAUAUAGCAGGUCUCAUAUAGUAACGUGAGCUGUUCUGAGUAAUAUUUUUUCCUGUGUGAAGCACUUCAAUCCUGUUAGAAGUUAGUCUAAGAAGCUUAUCGCAGAUGGAUUCUCAGCAGUAUAUGAAGCUAUAUAAUGCCCUAAUGGUUUACUCUCUUUUUACAACAUUAACUCUGUCAAAAUGGGUGACCUAGACUUUUUGAAUUUUGAGACAGUGAAGGACAGCCUUGAUGACACCUUGAAGACAUGGGAAACCAUCAUUCUAAUUGGGGAGCAUGUGAAAACUACUUUCAGGAACACUUCUCUGAAAGCUUAUCCACUACACUUGUUCAUUGAAACUCUUGGACACACUUCACAAACAAACUAGAUUACUUAUUCAGGCCUCUUGUUAGAUGUCCUUACUUCCUAAGCCAUCAUUUCUGGCUCCUCCCUAGCAGAAAGACAAGUAUAAUCCAUAUUAUCUGGUGUUCUGUCUCCAGAAUACUUAGUGGAACUGGAAGUAGCGACGAAGGAGUGAGCCCUAUUUCCUACUUCAGAGGAAAGAAAUGCACUUUCUUAAUUUCAAAUUCAAACUGUGACUUCAGUUCCUUAAAAUGUAUUCCUGCUUUUACAGUUGUGUUGUAACUAUUAACUUGUUUUAUAAAUGUCUUUAUCCCCGAAUUUCUUGUCGCGGUUAAUUUGAAUUGUUAAUAAAUCCAGCAAAUCCUG